AGCAAAAUUAGGAGUCGACGACACGUAGUAACAUUUUCUUCCACCCGCCCAACCUGAAGAUAUCUUCUUUUUCCUUCCAUUAUCUAUUCUUCAUUCUUCUAGGCCUCGUUUCCACUAUGCACUUCAAACUAAUCUAGCCUCUUCUUUCCCUUCUAUCUUUCUUUAUGAACUUAACAGUUCCGUUAUUCUCUGCUUCAUCUUUUUCUUCUUCUUCUUCACCUUCACCAAUCUAUAACCCUUUUCCUCUCCACUGGGUCUCUUCUUACAUCACACCCUCAAAACCCAAGUGCCCCUUUGGCUUCCAAAUAGCCAACUCCGCCACCACUGACCUCUCUCUCACUACUGCCUCCACUGAUUCUCCUUCUCCUUCUCCAUCUAGCCGUUUAAAAAAUGACCAAGCCCUUUUAGCUCUCCUUCGUCAAAGAAAAACGGAAGAAGCUUGGGUUAUAUACACCCAAUCUAAUGGCCUCCCCAAUGCCACUUGUCUUAGCCGCUUGGUCUCUCAGCUCUCCUACCAGAAUUCAUCUGUAAGCUUCUCGCGCGCCCAGUCCAUCGUCACGCGCCUCCGCCAUGAGCGGCAGCUCCACCGUCUUGAUGCCAACUCCCUUGGCCUUCUCGCCGUGGCCGCAGCCAAAUCUGGCCACAUACUUUACGCCUCUUCCAUUAUCAAGUCCAUGUUACGGUCCAGCUACCUUCCCCAUGUCAAGGCGUGGAGUGCCGUUGUUAGCCGUCUCGCCUCCGCCGUUGAUGAUGGUCCCACCGAGGCGAUCAAGCUGUUUGACUCUGUGGUUCGUCGGGUCCGCAAAUUUUCGGACCCAGCAAUGGUUUCUGACUCACGACCAGACACAGCCGCCUACAAUGCUGUGUUAAAUGCUUGUGCAAAUUUAGGUAAUACUAAAAUAUUUUUGAGAUUGUUUAGUGGGAUGAGUGAGUUUGGUUCUGAGCCUGACGUUUUAACUUAUAAUGUUAUGAUUAAAUUGUGUGCUAGAGCUGGUAGGAAAGAUUUGCUUGUCUUUGUUUUGGAGAGAAUUCUUGAAAUGGGAAUUCCUUUGUGUAUGACUACUUUACAUUCGCUUGUGGCUGCGUAUGUUGGCUUUGGCGAUUUAGAAAUGGCUGAGAAUAUGGUUCAAGCUAUGAGAGAAGGGAGGAGAGACUUGUGCAGGAUUCUUAGGGACUUGAAUAUUGAUUACUCAAGUGAAGAUUCGAGUGGAAAUGAAGGAGAUGAAGAUGUUUUUGAAAAGUUGCUUCCAAAUUCGAUUAAUCAAAGUAGUGAGCCACCAUUGUUAUCUAAAAUUUAUGCUCCUAACUCGAGAAUUUACACGACUCUGAUGAAGGGUUACAUGAAAGAAGGCCGUGUGUCUGACACCGUCAGAAUGCUAGAGGCAAUGAGACAUCAGGAUGAUUGUGCCAGCCAUCCCGAUCAUGUUUCGUACACAACUGUUGUUUCUGCUCUUGUGAAGGCAGGGUCAAUGGAAAGGGCUCGCCAAGUUCUUGCUGAAAUGACUAGAAUUGGUGUGCCUGCAAAUCGAAUUACUUAUAAUAUUCUUCUCAAGGGUUAUUGCCAGCAGUUGAAGAUUGACAAAGCAAAGGAACUGCUCCGCCAGAUGUCUGAUGAUUCUGGGAUUGAGCCUGAUGUUGUUUCGUAUAAUAUUUUGAUUGAUGGAUGUAUACUGAUCGAUGAUAGUGCAGGUGCUCUUGUGUUCUUCAAUGAGAUGAGAGCAAAAGGGAUUGCUCCCACUAAGGUCAGUUAUACCACAUUGAUGAAAGCUUUUGUCUUGUCGGGUCAACCUAAGUUGGCAAGGAAGGUGUUUGAUGAGAUGGUGAAAGACCCACGAGUGAAAGUUGAUUUGGUUGCUUGGAAUAUGUUAAUUGAAGGAUAUUGUAGAAUGGGAUUCAUCGAAGAAGCAAAAAGACUUGUUCAAAAAAUGAGAGAGGAUGGUUUUUACCCUAAUGUUGCAACAUAUGGCAGCCUUGCAAGCGGGAUUUCACUGGCUAGGAAACCAGGAGAAGCACUUUUGCUUUGGAAAGAAAUAAAAGAAAGGUGUGAGGCAAAAAGAGAAGGCAUGAAAUCAGAUUCCAAUUCACUGCCACCAUUGAAACCUGAUGAGGGACUGUUAGAUACUCUAGCUGAUAUAUGUGUGAGGGCUGCCUUCUUUAAGAAAGCUUUAGAAAUUAUAGCAUGCAUGGAGGAGAAUGGGAUACCUCCAAAUAAAACAAAAUAUAAAAAGAUUUAUGUGGAAAUGCAUUCAAGGAUGUUUACUAGUAAGCAUGCCUCACAGGCCAGGCAGGAUAGGAGAAAGGAGAGAAAGAGAGCCGCCGAGGCUUUCAAGUUUUGGCUGGGUUUGCCUAAUUCUUAUUAUGGAAGUGAAUGGCGACUUGAACCUACCGAAGAAGAUGAUUACAUUGAAGAUGACUCUGUGUAAUCAGCACAUGACUGUAUGCUUCUACAGAGAUUGGAAAAUCAUGUUUUAAUCUAUCUACAGAAUUUGAACCAAAUGUCAUAUGUUUGGAUUUUGAUGUAAUCUGAAUUCCAUUCUAUGAUGGCAUGUCUGGAGUUUGCUAAGAGCCUCAGAGUUCUAGAAUUCAGAGUUUCCACAAAUGUAUCAAUGGCUUGAACUCCAAGGGCAAUCCUUUCUGCCAAAUUGUAUCUUUCCAGCAAUACAAGAAAGUGGUAACUUUGUUUA